CCAAAACCAAACAAAAGUCCCAACAUCUUUCAAAUUGCAGAAGAGGAAAGUGAAAGACACACCGUCAGUAAUGUCGCAUUCCGGCGACAGUCACUCCUUAGUCACGGCGGAGGACGGCUACGACACGGAGUUCCGUUCGUACCCGGACGACGCCUGGUACAGUGUUCAGUUAUUGUUAGAGGGCGAGAGAAGUGAAAAGCUGAGAGUCAAGUACGACGAAUUCCCCGCCGAAUCAGACAACGUUUUCCUGGCCGAUAAUUUUAAGUCGGUGGACGAGCUUCACGAUUUUUUGGGGAGGUUUCGUAAGGUCUCCGCCCAACUUCAGGAUCCUAAUUGCUCCAAGGUCGUCAAAGGCAUGCGCGUUUGUGCUUCGGAUUCUUUCGCCGCCGGCGAAGUUCUCUUUUACGAUGCCAUUGUCGACGAUGUUCUGCGUAAGAAGCACUCUAAUUUAAAUGGCCAAGAAGAAUGUGAGUGCAUCUUCCUGCUCUUUUGGCUGCAUGGUCCUAAUGUUGGGAAUUUGGCAAACAAGGGGGUUGCAGAUAUAUGCCUUCUCCAGGAUUCCGAGUUACACCCGAAACUUAUAUAUUUCAUGGAGAUAUCGAUGCAAAACAUAGUGAAAGCCUUACCUGACUUUGUUCCCGGCACUACCAGUGAUGACCUUGUCUGCAAUAUUGUUGCUCGACUUAGAGAAACCAAUGGUCGCCCACUUUCCGGUAGUUUGAGACAGGGAAAGUAUGCUCAGCGGUCUUUGAGUGAAGUGUGGCCACCCCAAGGAGGGACUUGUGACAAUAGACAGGAUACUGAUGUAGGAGGCGAUAAAAGGCUUUACGUAAUUCUAGUUCAGAAUCUUGAAAAAGAUUUAUCCUCGUCAGCGGUUUCCAGGUUCAUUCAUGAACAAACUUCAAUAUCAACGCAAGUAUAUAUUUUCCCGAGUUUACCAUGGGAGCCAUACACCAAUGGUGUCAUUAUGAUGGAUUGCAAGAAAGAUGUUGAACAGCUGUUUGGUUUUUUGCAGAGUCCUAAUCAAUUCACUGUAUCCUCAAAUGGAAGAUCAUCCUUUCGUAUCACUGCCUGCAGACCAUUGGUAGCCACUGAAAAACUGUCAUUGAAUGAUCAUUGGACCUUGAUGCUUAAAUCCCCGAACAAAUUACUGAACAGAAGGGAGGGUGGGUUUAGCAGUGAAUUGAAAGUGGUUUGUUCUGGGACUGAGGAAUACAAGAAAGCAAAGGAAUUAAGGGAUUUAUUUUUGCAGUUUACCGAUCAUCAAAAGAGACUUUACAAGAAGCUAUGCACGGAGGAGACGAGUAUUUCUAGCAUCCCCAACUAUUUGCAACUGUAAGUUAAUUUUGCAUAUUAGAUGAAGGUCUGUUAUACAAUGUUCAUAUGUUGUAUAGGAAGGAACAAGGGAAACUACCGCUAACUUGGGUCAUUUUGAGUUAUGCAAAUGAGAGAUUUCAAUUGCAGUUGUUUA